AUGGUACGAAAAAGAACACGAAAAGAAUUGCCGACAUUCAACCUUUGAAAAGCUUGCUCCGCCAUAGUGUAUUGCUUAAGCAAUUGUAGUAUUUUCGGAUUUUUCAUCUUCGUGUGAAGUAAACUCAUAAUCUACAAUGGGUCGUAUGCACGCACCUGGUAAGGGUAUAUCCCAGAGUGCCCUUCCAUACAGACGAAGUGUCCCAACAUGGUUGAAGAUCACACCUGAAGAGGUAAAAGAACAUAUUACCAAACACGGUAAAAAAGGAUUAACACCUUCCCAAAUAGGUGUUAUUUUGAGAGACUCUCUUGGAGUUGCUCAGGUAAGAUUCCUUACUGGAAGCAAAAUCUUGAGGAUUAUGAAAUCCAUGGGUUUGGCCCCUGAUCUUCCUGAAGAUUUGUACUAUUUGAUUAAGAAGGCUGUUGCUAUCCGUAAACAUUUAGAAAAGAACAGGAAAGAUAAGGACAGCAAGUUCAGAUUGAUCUUGGUAGAGUCAAGAAUUCACCGUUUGGCUAGAUAUUACAAAAGCAAGAGCAUCAUUGGACCCAACUGGAAAUAUGAGUCCCAGACUGCUUCUGCUUUGGUAUCAUAAUUUAUAAUUUGUUUUAAAUAAAUGCGAUAAGUUCUA